GCUCCACGUGAAAAUGACAACUUGUCAAACCAAAAACAUCUGUUUCCCAUUCGAAUUAAACCAAAUUAAUUUUUAUGAAUUAUAGCCCACAGCUCUACAAUGCAUCGUGCUAUAGGAAUUCCGCUUUUGUGGCGCCCACCUUUAUGGAACUUAAGGAUCAGCAACGGCUACGCGAAGGAUGCCAAGACCCUUAAGCGACUGGGCACCAGUCCGCGAAAUGUUCGCGAUCACCCCGAAGGAUGUACGCCCCAAACUCUGAACACCACGGCCUUCACUUCCCCGGAUUUCAUACCCCCCUCAACCUACCGAAUCGUGGACGAAAAGGAGCAACUGGGACCCAAGGCGGGAAAAGAGAAAACCUACAAGAAUCCGGAGUACUACAGCUAUUAUCGCUACUCGUACUACGACCUGAAGACAAUCGUGGAUACCAUUAAAAAGAAGCAAUCAACUAGGAAGUAAUAACAAACCGCACCAGAUUAGGAGCACUGAAGAAAAUUCCACUCACAAACUUCCAUUUAUACCCGAUAGUUGUCAGGAAAACUAAUUUAUGGAAUAUA